AUGUAAGAAUGUGCUAUGCUCCUUCUCUUUGUCUGGAGUUGUUUCUCAGAUAUUGGUGGAACUGGAGUUAAAUGUCAGGUCAGGAUAUGGACCACAUUAUGGUUAUUCAGUGGUGGAUCCUGUUAUGCAUAUCAGGGAAUUCUGCUGAGGAUCUGUGUCACAUUGUCCACACACAGUGAUGAAGAGGAGCAUCUUCUUGAUCUCUGGUCAGACAGAGAGUGUGCAUCUGUCUGUGUCAGACCUGGCUCAACCUCACUGGUCAGAGUUCAGCUGGGAGUGGACCUCACAUGAUGGGAGAUACUCAGAGAUUCAAAUAGCCAGAGCAAUAUCCUCUAGGCUAGUGGUUAGUCCACCUUUCACAGGGUACUUUUCUUGCAGCAAAGACUUUGACGUAACAGUGAAGCCGAAGUUUGAAUGUGCAGGGGUGUUUUUGUUGGUAAGAGCAAAUGUCCCAUUGGUUAAGAUUGAGAUCUUCGCCACAAAAAUUACACCUUCCUUUUGGCCUAUAUUUCGUCUGGGUUCUGAUGUGAGUGUUGGUUGCGAAGUGUCCAGCCUACCAGAUGGGGCCACACUGCAGUGGGAAAGAGAUGGAGAUUCCACUUCUAACACCACGCUGUUCUACAAUAACACUGUCCACAUGCUCAUCCGCAGUGUUCAUCCGGACAGUCAGGGGGCAUACUACUGCACUUUUAGACAGAAUGGAACACUGUUAUAUAAUGUCUCUAAUGCUGUCAGAAUUGAGGAAGUUUCGUCUGAUGCCACUCUCACAAUGUACAGAGAGAGCUCCAACAGCUCUCUGGUGACACUGUUUUGUAAGACAUCAGAUGGUUACAUCUAUGCAUCAUGGUCCUGGACCCCAUUAUCUACAGCUAAAGAGGUUCACCUUGUGACAACUACAAUGUACGGAUCCAAUGACACGUUUAAUGAGAGAUUUUCAUGCGGGGACUUCAAUGGAUACUACUUCCCUCUCUACUUCUCACCGGUGAAGUUUGAAGAUUCUGGAAGGUUCAACUGCUAUUUUGAAAACCUCCUAGUUGCCUCUAUUAAUGUGGUAACCCUAAAGGUCUCUGCAGUUCCGCCUAGUGGAUUCCCCAGGAAUCAUCCGGUGGUCCUGAGAUGUGAGGUGUCGGGGGUGAGCACCGACCCUGUGACCCUAGCCUGGCUGAGGAUGGAAGGGAGCAGGGGGCUGCUGGUCAAACAGGACAUCCUGACAGAGAGUCACCCCAACAGGACGCUCAGUGUGACCCUGCCCAGCCUCCGUAGGGACCAGCUGCACUGGCAGUGUGCUGUGUUCACAGAGGGCAUGCUCAGAGUAACAGCCUCCUUGACCCUCACACUCCCCACACAGACAAAAAUGUCUUCAAUGACAGGGAUGGGCACCGAGACAGUGGUCAGAGGAGUGAUUACAAUGGCUGCCACCCUAGGAAUUCUGGGACUUCUCGGGCUCUACUGUCGAAGACCAAACGGCACCCAGACACAGAGACAAAAGGAGGAACCUGCUCAACUGGAGGAGACUAGUGUAUAGCCUUGUUGCUAGCCUAUGGCCUGUGGCUGUGUUGAAACAUAGCUUUCCCACCCAUGUCUGUACCAACCAGUGAUGUCUUUCACACUGAAUUACCACAUGACACACUGUGUUCUGUCAAAAGGUCUGGCAAUAGAAACUUCACUGGUGUUAAAAUAAUGUGUUAACCACCAACAACCUUCCCCUCAAAGACUAAUAUUGAAAACAUGACCAUGUUAUGAUACUGUAAGCAUCUUUCCAAAAGACCUAAAUAAUUCACACUGAGUGCACAAAACAUUAGGAACACCUGCUCUUUCCAUGACAUAGUCUGACCAGGUGAAUCCAGGUGAAAGCUAUGAUCCCUUAUUGAUGUCACUUGUUACAUCCACUUUGAUCAGCGUAGAUAAAGGGGAAGAGACAGGUUAAAGAAGGAUUCUUGAGACAAUUGAGACAUGGAUUGUGUAUGUGUGAAAUUCAGAGGGUGAACGGUCAAGACUAAAUAGUAAUGUUUUUACACUCAGUGUAUAUUAUUUAGUUCAUCCUAGAAGUGUACAUUUCCAUUCAUCCUCAGUCUGUAAUGUUUGUACACAAUAAAUGGGGAUGUUAAUACUAGUUUGUCAACAGUGUCUCAGCUUAAUUCACCGUCUGAUUGUCCUGUAUUAGGAAAGCUUUGAACUUUGAAUGGACUGUUAUAAGAGACUGGCUAUAAUGUAGCAAGUUAGGCCUUUUGGUUUUGAAAGCCUUUGGUUGCAUUUGGACAUCAUGGUCUUUGGAUUUUCAAUAUAUUCACUGUUUGCUUCAAGAGGAAAAUGUCUUGUUUCCAUAUUAAUUAUAAAAUGUGUAACAUCCUUGUAAUAAUACUACUUCUAUUAUUUAAAUUGCACAGCAUUUACAUUAUAUUCUGCUACAUGGUGCUAAACUGUGACAUGUUUGACUAUUGUUUUGAUCCCAUUGAUGCCUAUUAUCGGCAGGUAGCCUAGUGGUUAGAGCGUUGGACUAGUAACCAAAAGGUUGCUAGAUCAAAUCCCCCAACUGGCAAGGUAAACAUCUGUUGUUCUGCCCCUGAACAAGGCAGUUAACCAACUGUUCCAAGGCCGUCAUUGAAAAUAAGAAUUUCUUCUUAUUAACUGACUUGCUUAGUUAUAUAAAUGUAAAAUAAAUGAUGAUGGUGGUGUGGCAUUGAUCAUUUAAUCCUUAAUCCUGCUCCGUAAUCCCUGCUUGCUACAUUCAGUAUAUGGCUGAUACAAAUAAAGUGAGAUUUUAUGAAGUA